AUGUCGCACUCAUGGAUCGGUGCUCCCGCACAAUUCAAUGGGACCAAUGCCAUUACUGGUGGUGACUCUGUCACCGAGAAUCUCAACCAAUGGUACCAGGCGGGUGACCAGGCCUACAUCCUCGUGGCUUCGGCCAUGGUGUUGACCAUGGUUCCUGGUCUAGCUUUCCUCUACUCCGGUCUUGCUCGCAGAAAGUCCGCCCUCUCCCUCAUCUGGGCCUGCAUGUUCUCCGCCUCCGUCAUCACCUUCCAGUGGUACUUUUGGGGAUACUCGCUCGCGUUCGGCCCCUCCACAAAUGGCUUCAUCGGCAACCUCGACAGGUUUGGUCUCAAGGGCGUACUCGGUGCCCCUAGUCAGGGUAGUCCUCUGAUUCCCGAGCUGCUGUACUCUUUCUACCAGCUACAAUUCUGCGCUGUCACUGCCGCUAUUGUUGUCGGUUGCGUUGCUGAGCGCGGUCGCUUGAUCCCCAUGAUGGUCUUCAUCUGGCUUUGGGCCACAAUCGUAUACUGCCCCGUCGCUUAUUGGGCCUGGAACGCAAACGGCUGGUUCUUCAAAUGGGGUGGCCUGGACUAUGCUGGUGGCGGUCCUGUCGAGAUCGUGUCUGGAUGCAGCGCCUUGGCAUACUCCAUGAUUCUCGGACGUCGCCAGGAAAAGAUGAUGCUCAACUUCCGCCCUCACAACGUCUCUUUGAUCACUCUCGGAACCGUAUUCCUAUGGUUUGGUUGGUUGGGCUUCAACGGCGGCUCUGCUUUCGGUGCCAACCUCCGCGCCGUCAUGGCCUGCUGGAACAGCAACCUUACUGCCAUGUUUGCUGCCAUGACCUGGGUUAUUCUUGAUUGGCGUCUUGCUCGCAAGUGGUCCAUGGUUGGCUGGUGCUCAGGUACCAUUUCUGGACUUGUUGCUGCUACUCCCGCCUCUGGUUUUAUCCCUCCAUGGGCCAGCGUUGUCCUCGGUAUUACCACUGGCAUUGUCGCUAACUUUGCCACCAAGAUCAAGUUCUGGAUCAAGAUCGACGAUUCUCUCGAUGUGUUCGCUGAGCACGGCGUCGCCGGCAUGUGGGGACUGUUCUUCAACGGCAUUUUUGGUGCCAACUACAUCAUUGGUCUUGACGGCGUCAACAACGGACUCCCUGCUGGUGCCAUUACUGGCGACGCGCCCGCUGUCUAUAAGCAGAUUGCUUACAUUGUCGCUUGCACCGCUUACUCCUUCGUCGUCAGCGCUAUCCUCGCUUUUGUCAUCGACAAGAUUCCUGGUCUGAAGCUUCGCGCGUCCGAAGAGGCCGAGCUUCUUGGUAUGGAUGACGACCAACUUGGCGAGUUCGCCUACGACUACGUCGAGGUCCGCCGUGACUACCUUGCGUGGACCCCUGCCAAGGGUGCUCCUCUCGAUGGUGAGCACUCGGUGCCCCAAGGAGAACGCCACGGUAUUCCCCAGCACAGCCAGAUGCUUGAGGGCAAGGCGCUCUCAGAGAAUUCCAGUCAUGACCACGACCACACUGGCAUUGGUGGUGACAGGCAUGCUGUUGCCAUGGGUCCCGAGCACAACAACGAAAAGCAGGUCAAGACCUAA